UCAAUCAAUAAAUUGACAAAAUAAAAAAAUCGGCAAACAAAUCUAUAAAAACAACUAGACCUUAAUAAUUGUAAAUAAUUUACUUGAUAUAGAUACAGUUUUCAUUAGAAUUACAUGUAAACACAACUAAUAAAAUUUUCUGUAGGGUAUUUUAUUCGUGUGUGUACUCGAAUGGAAAACUUCAAUAUUUUGUCUGAUAAGCAUAGCCACGUAACUUCAACCUAGUUCUAAUCAAAUGAUUUAUCAAUGCGCUCUUCUGUGAGCUAUAUUUUGUCUCACGCUCCUGGAGAGUCGGUGAUGUCACACCCUGACUACUCGCAGCAUGCCCAGCACCAUGCUUGCCUCCUGGUGCUGGUUAAAGGCAUAGGUGGCAUGCUAAAAAACUUCAACAAACUGUGGGAUCGAAUACAAAAGGUCAAUAACAUCAAAGUUACUGAUUCAGCAGGUCAAGUAAGGGAUAUUUGGGUGCGAUAUGUCCGAGAUUAUCCUGUAGAGAACAAUGAUUGGGGUGAUUUUCAAACUCAUAGGCGCCUCCUUGGGCUUAUAACACUGAGUAAAUUCACAAACCAAGUGGAACUGAAUGAGGUAUGCCGUGUUCAUGAAUCUCUGAAAGUGAAGUACAUAAACACUCUAUAUGAUUCCCGGGCAUUUAUGUUUGGUCCAGUUAGUAAUAUGAAGAAACCAGAACAGGAACCUGAAAACUAUAGUCUAUUUGAAGAUGAUAAAGUUUUCAGGGAUGGAAGUACCAGUGAUAAGACUUCCAUGCCUAGUGAACAGUCAGAUAGUUUGUCUUCAUCUGAAAGCUUCCCACAUUCUGUCUCAUCAAACGCAUCUUGUCCAGUUCAAGAAGAGAACUUUACAACACCAUCCAAUUUCAAAACUCAUGCUAUGUUCUAUGGUGAAAAUGAUCCAGUUCCCGACUUAGAGCAAAAUGUAGCAGAUUUAAUAAAUUCCCUCUUUUGGGUUGUGGAGUCCAAAAGGUUGGAAAGGUCCAGAGAGAAACUAGAGAAGGUGUCCCUUCUUUUGGCUCCAUUUGAGAAAAAAGAUUUUGUAGGUCUUGAUAUGGAAUCUCGUAAUAAUAAAAAGCGAUGUAUGGGCCGCGUGACGAAGAAUUUAGCUGAUCUAACAUUGCAAGCAGGAUUAGUAGCUGAGAGCCUUAGCUUGUAUCACAACUCUGCAGAAAUACUCAAAUCAGUUAAUGACUGGCUUUGGUUGGCUGCAGCUAAAGAAGGACUGUGCGCAGCUUCAGCUAUACUUCUUUACCCAAACUUACGAAAUUCAGAACCUUUACAAAGAAACGCUAGUUUACAAGAAUGCUCCCCUAACAAAACCAAAUCAUUAUCUCUGUUCCAUCCGAAUAUGGAACCAUUUCGAAAAUAUAAAACUACUUCAUCGAGUCCUCUUCGAUCUUCAAAAGCUUCUAGUCCUGUCAAUCCUCCAAGUGAACUAACACCAUCAUCAUCUGAUAGUGUGGAAUCCUCAUCAAGACAAUCGGAAACUGAUAACUGUGAUACGGAAUCAUUGGCCUCCUCCAGUGAUAUUGAGUAUCAAAGCCAGAAAUCAUUUUUGAGCCCUGAUCUGCCGUCUAUUCCAAGGCAACCACCAUCACAGCUUCAAAAUCAAUAUCUUCUGAAUGGGGAGGAUAUUGCUGAGAAAUAUCGUAAAGCAAUUAUUCACUAUAGUAAAUAUCAAAAUGCUGGAAUUAUAGAGACUGAAGCGUGUUUUAAAGCAGCAAGAAUUGCUGUUGAGCAGAACAACAGUUUGCACGCAUCCAGCUUUCUCCAAAAUGUUAUUUUCAUAAAUUUGACCCUGAGUGAACAAGAGAAGAUUCAAAGAUUUGACACUCUUGCUGAACUUUAUAAAGAAAUUGGUUUUCUUCGUAAAGCAGCGUUUUGUCAGCGUUUAGCUGCAACCCGACAAGUGAGCCCUAACAAUCCAAAUCCAGACUGGCAGCGAUGCUAUUACCUCAUGCUGGACAGUUUUCCGGGACAUAAGCUGAGUCUGGAUCCUAAUUACGUUAUUCAGCAUCAAGUUGGUUGGCCUGCCCUGCAAAUUCAACUGCUUCAAGAGUUGGUAGUGGCUGCUCGAAGAAUGGGUAACCCGGCUUUGGCUACGAGACACAUGACAUUUUUAUUGCAAACAAUGUGGCCGCAUUUGUCGCGGCAAGAACAUAGAGAUUUAGCCAUACAAUUACAGGCACUAUCAGCACAGUGCGAAGGCGGGCCAGUACCUCUGGUGCUACCGACAGGUGCAGUGGUGCCGCCGGCAAGCUUGUCACAUGUGCCACAGUGUAGUAGUUUCACGCCACGCCCGCCACCACCGCCAAGAGCACCACAUCUCGUCAAAUUAAAGACUCAACAAGGGCCCUUCAUAUUCACCCCAAUACAUUUUGGCACUUUAGAACGCAAGGCUAAAAAAGAUGAGGGGAAAAUGGAGUAUCUUUGGGUGGAAGACGACAUCUGUGAGGUCCAAAUGAAACUAACAAACCCAUUACCGUUCGAGUUAAAAGUUUCGAAUAUGCGACUACUCACCUCAGGGAUAGUCUUUGAAUCUAUUCCGGAGACCAUAAUAUUAGCACCAGACACCCCUACCACUGUUAAUCUUCACGGAACACCAAAGGAAGUGGGCGAAUUGCAAAUACUAGGAUACUCAACACACACGCUUGGUGUAAAGUCUAAUUGUAGACUGAAAACUAUGCCAAUGCCAAACAAAUUCCCAGCCUUAUACACUAUCGAAGUCAUUCCUAGUCUGCCGACAAUUACUAUUGAGACUACAGUUUCAUCUGCAGGAUCUAUGAGUCUAUCCAGCCUCGAGAAUGUGGGUAGUACGACAAAUAUAACAUUACACAAUGGAGAAAGCACCGAGUGCUACAUGAAAAUUACGAAUACUAGUAAUGUGACGAUUGAAUAUCUUGAUAUUGCUAUACAGUCAAAUAUGGACAGCCAACUUCAAUCAAAGAUAUUCCAAUAUUCUAAUGGAGAUAUACAAGCUCAACUGCCGAUAGCCCCUAACGAGACUGCAACUAUCAAUAUGAAGUUAUAUGGAGAAGCCGAUUUCCUCGAUUUGGGUGGUGUUGGAGGUGAAAAUCUGUUCCCCAACAGCCUGACUUCAAAUUAUCCAUCAAGAGUUGGAUCACCGGUGCCUAAUACCCAAACAUCCCUGCCCACGCAAAGUUCCAACCCGCAAACGUCACUGAGCAGUGGUCUUAUGCCUAAUAGAACAUCUGGAAGCUUUAGAUCAACAAACUCUCACACAACUAGUUGGUCAGCGCCAAUUUCCGUUAUGCCCCCGUCUCGCGGCCGCCAAAUAGAAACUCAGGUAAUAAUAAGAUAUUCGGGCGGUGCUGGCAAGGAAAUGCACUGUCGUCAAUCGACGUUGCAAAUCAAUUUGGAAUUGUUGCCUAGUGUGUCUAUCACUCAUUGGGACGUAUUGCCAGCCGAGAUACCUUCCCAACUAUACCUAGUGUUAGACGUUACAAAUCUAACUUCGGAAGAGAUGGAUUUCCACUACGCGCCCAGUAAACACAUCCUCAUUGAGAGCAAGGAGUCGUGCAGGAUACCAGUGCCACUCGACCGGUGCCCAUUCAAUGCUACGUCCAACAAAACCGACGAUGAUUUAUUGGAAUCCAAAUCCUUAAGCACCGGCACAUCAUCAAAUAGCCUUGAAUUGAUGUGUUCAGAGCAUAUCACCAACAAUGUAGACCUACGAUGGCACCUCCUGCAGUCGGACAUCAAUGGGAAGGCGUCUGUCAAAGGCAUAACUCUGUCGCAGGCGAUGAUGGAUAUUGUUAGGAUGUCACCCUUGAAUUGGGAAGUAAGCGUCAACAAGCAAUGUAUCAAGCCACAAGAUGAAUAUAGUUGUUCAGCUGGUGAAUGCCUAUCGCUAGGUGUCGCUGUCUGGAAUCAUUUGACGCGACCGCUGCACAAGCUCUGUCUGUCUGUUCAGUUCUACCAGGAUUACAACAAUGGAGUGCUAUGUUAUAAGUUGGACAAUAGGGUUGCCACUGCUGGAAGUAAUAAAGUCGUGUUAUCAACACUAGCGGAAUCUGCGAAAGCCUACCACGAGUGCACUGUAGUAUUUCUUACGCCUGGUGAAUACAAAAUCGACAUCCAGUGUUCAACUACGGAGCCGAUACUGGACGACGUCAUCAUUAGAGAUCCGGACAACCAGCCCAUAAUACAACCAUGUACGGGCGAAGUAAGCCAUGUCUGGCGAUUCAUACCACCUGUAGCUAUAAGUGUUACUGACUAGAUACUAUUAAGAAUAUUUAUUUAUUUUUAUAUUAUAUAUCACUUUAUCGUGAAAUAUGUUAUUCCAAAAUGUAUAAUAAAAUUAAAUAUAUAAAGUCAGAUUUA